UUCCCUCAGACCCACAUUAUUGGUAUCUUAACUCUGCUAAUGUUUCUGUACUUGGAGAAAAGUCUGCGCUUGUUAGGGUUUAGUGGUCCCUUGUUCAUUAUAGGUGCAGGCGAGUCCCCAGCUGCAGCCCCGUGUGCUUUAAUAGCAGUGUCGUCUCUGAUCUAAACCUUUGCCUGAGAUUUACGUUGUUAAGUCAGUAUGCUGUUUUUCUAAACCAAGAGACAAUUAGACAUUUUGUCAUGAAAUCAGAGGGCCUUAAAACAAACAAAAACCCUUGAAUUUAUUUACUUUUUAAGUAGACUAUUUUUUAGAGCCGUUUAGGUUCGCAGCAAAAUUUAGAAAAAGAUGCAGAGAGUUCCCAUACACCCUUGCCCCCAUAUAUGCACAACUUCCCCAUGGUCAAGAUUACCCACCAGAGGUGGGAAAUGAGUCACAAUCCAUCUACACCGAUGCUUAUAGCGUGCUUCACUGUUGGUGUGCAUUCUGUGGGUUUGGUGAAGUUUAUUUUUAAUGUAAAAUAUCAACUUAACGCAUUUUUUAUAACUGUCAUAUAAUUUUGGUUUUGAAAAUUAGUGUAGAGCAGGGAAAUGGCUAUCUGAUUUUAAGACAGUGAAGGUUUUUAGGAGCCUUAGGGUGUGACAAUGAAAAGUGGUGUCUGUCUGCACAGUUUCUUUCCAAGGAUUCUGUGGCUUUUGAAUGUGAGCGAAGGAGGGAAGGCUGGGAUCUGAGACAAGGUGAAUCGCCUCUUUCUUGCUCCUUAAAUUAAAAAUUCAUUUAAAUUAAGUUGUUCCUAAAUUAAACAUUGCCCCAAAACAUAGAACAUGGUUUCUAAUGAAUAGUCCCAAAAGCUAUAACUGUGCCUGGGCAUGUUUUAAAUAUUUUAUUACAGGUGUGGUCCACUAGUUGACCUCUGUAAAGGCCCCCAUGUAAGACACACUGGAAAAAUUAAAGAGAUAAAAAUUUUCAAGAAUUCCUCAGCAUAUUGGGAGGGUAACCCUGAAAUGGAAACGCUGCAGAGGGUCUACGGGAUAUCCUUUCCUGAUGACCAGAUGAUGACAGCCUGGGAGAAGCUGCAGGAGGAGACCAAGACCCAGGAUCACAGGAGGAUUGGGAAGGAACAAGAACUUUUCUUCUUCCAUGAUCUGAGUCCUGGAAGCUGUUUCUUUCUUCCCAGAGGAGCCUUCGUUUAUAAUACACUUAUGGAUUUCAUACGAGAGGAGUACCACCGACGCAGCUUCAUGGAGGUGCUCUCCCCCAACGUGUACAGCAGUAAGCUCUGGGAAACCUCUGGACACUGGCAGCAUUACAGUGACAACAUGUUCACCUUUGACAUUGACAAGGACACUUUUGCCCUUAAGCCCAUGAAUUGUCCGGGGCACUGUCUGAUGUUUGCCCAUCGUCCACGAUCUUGGAGGGAAAUGCCUAUUAGAUUUGCUGACUUCGGAGCUCUUCACAGGAAUGAGCUGUCAGGAACUUUGCAUGGCUUGACCCACGUCAGGCGCUUCCAGCAGGAUGACGCUCACAUCUUCUGCACUGUGGAGCAGAUUGAAGAAGAAAUAAAAGGGUGUUUGCAGUUUUUGCAAUCCGUUUACUCAACAUUUGGCUUCUCCUUUCAAUUAAAUUUGUCAACAAGACCUGAAAACUUUCUAGGGGAGGUUGAGAUAUGGGAUGAAGCUGAAAAGCAACUACAGAAUAGCUUGAUGGAAUUUGGGAAACCAUGGAAGAUGAACCCGGGAGAUGGAGCAUUUUAUGGUCCUAAAAUUGAUAUAAAAAUCAAGGAUGCUAUUGGCAGAUACCAUCAGUGUGCUACAAUUCAGCUGGACUUCCAACUGCCUGUAAGAUUUAAUCUUACGUAUGUUAGUAAGGAUGGGGAUGAUAAGAAGAACCCUGUGAUCAUUCAUCGAGCCAUUUUGGGGUCAGUGGAAAGAAUGAUAGCCAUUCUCUCAGAAAACUAUGGAGGAAAAUGGCCUUUCUGGCUGUCUCCUCGUCAGGUAAUGGUCAUCCCUGUGGAGCCAACUUGUGAAAAAUAUGCACUUCAGGUAUCCACUGAAUUUUUUGAAGAAGGAUUCAUGGCUGAUGUUGACUUAGAUCAUAGUUGUACACUAAAUAAGAAAAUACAAAAUGCACAGCUGGAUCAGUAUAAUUUUAUUUUGGUCGUUGGAGAAAAGGAAAAGACAAAUAAUGCCGUAAAUGUUCGAACAAGAGACAACAAAAUUCAUGGAGAGAUUUCAGUAACUUCUGCCAUUGAUAAAUUGAAGAAUCUCAAGAAAUCACGUACUCUGAAUGCUGAGGAAGAAUUCUGAAGUCCUUUCCUUGUGCUCACAUCUGUGUAACCUUGUUCUGAACCCUGAACAUGCAUUUUCCUUAAUUACCAUUCAUACUUCUGAGAACUUAGGACCCACUAUCUGGUCCACUGAUGGGCACAGUGAGAAGUGAGAUGGGGAAUGAGUGGCUGAUAUGCACAAAAUCUGAUUCACUAAUGUGUCUGCGGACAAUGAGACGACAAGUGUGGGAAAUUUUAAAUUUCCCAAAUAUCUUGAGAGACUUCAAUGGGAAAAUGUCAUUCAUCAAAGAGGGAAAUACUAGGAAAUGAGCAUUAUGAGAUGUUACUGUUAAGAAUUCUGAUUUUCAAAAGAUAAGUUUCAAAAGUCUGCAAAGCUUUU